AUCCGUUUCAGCUCAAGUUCGCGCCAAGCCCAGCCUUAGCCUGUCAGUACAGCAUCACCUUAGCGUUGUGCCGUCUUGCCACGUCACAUUCAAUUACCGGUCAUACACUAAUCGCCAUAGCCGUCUGCCAGCCGGCCAGCACUAGCCAUGACUGACGGCCUACAUACUCAUUCGACGAACCUUACCGCGCACUCACCUCAGGGGGGUUCGGCUGCGCGUUCGUCGGACGGAUCAGCCGCAGUAUGCGGAGGCGGAAGCGCUGAGACCUCCGGCCAGCCCGUUGCUUUCCGCUUCCCCGCGCUCGCGGGGAGGAAGCGCCGGCAGCGCGUGGGAGAAGCGUUUUUUGCUGCGGGAGAUGCGGAGCGUGAGCUAUUGGCGAAGCAGCUGUUGCUACUGGUUACAGCGGAGGAGGUUGAAGCCAUUAUGCGGCAAGUGCGGGGAGAAUCGGACGGCCCAGGAGAGUCGUCGGCGAGCGAAAUCGACGGUGCAGAUGGAGGGGGGGAAGGACGGAUAAAAGGCAACGCCAUGGCUGUCAGCAGUGAAGGCACAGAUGUUGGUUCAACAGGUACAGAAGCCAUAGCUACCAGAGAAGCGGUUAUGGUUCCUCCGACCGAGCCCGCAGAUCCAUCCGUUGCGGUAUCUGAGGAGAGUGAGCGAAUUUUGAACAAGAACGCGUUUGAAGAGCCCAUCAGAUGCCCAAUCCCAGGCUGCCACGUGGUGGUGCAGGGAGCCCUGGCCCUGGAUGCGCAUCACCAGGCCAUGCACCGAGCCAUGUGCGCCACGUGUAGUAAGGCGUUCCCCUCCAAUCGCCUGCUCAACAUCCACGUGGCAGAAGCCCAUGAUUCCUUCUUCCAGGCGAAGGUGGCUCGCGGGCUCGCCAUGUACGAGUGCCUGGUGGAGACAUGCUCGCACCGCUUCCCCUCCGACGCUGCUAGGCAUCAGCACCUGGUGGCACGCCACCACUACCCGCCCUCCUUCCACUUCCACUCGCUCUCCCAGUCCCACCCCUCCCAGCGACGGCGACGCCAGAUGGCCCAGCACAGGGGGGAAGGAGGAGGGGAAGUUGGGGAUGGGGGAGAGGGGAGAGGUGUGGCGGGGGGUGUGGUGGGGGGUGAAGGAGGUAUGGAAAUAGCGACCAAAGAGUUUGAGGUCGAGAAGAAGGGCGACGAGGCGGUGAAUGCAGGUGUGAGAGGGUCCAAGGAGGGCUUGCGUCAAGUAGAGGACACAGCGAAUGCUGUUAAUGCAGCUGAGGCACUUGAUGCAGCAACACGAGGUGGCGGCACGCCAGCAAGUGCAGCCACAGAAACUGCAGCAACCGUAUCAGCAGCAGAAGUGCUAGCCACAUCUGCCCCUGGUUCGGGUGGCAUGGACGUGGAUAGCCUUGCAGCAGCUGUGUCUCGCCUUACCACGUCGGACUUCGUGCCCCGGUCUGUUAGCUUCGGCCGGAGGAGAGGCCGUGGGAUGAUGCAUGGGUCGGGUAGAGGGAGGACAGGAGGUCUGAGGGGAAAUAAGGAUGUGGCUGCUGAUAAUGUAGGGCAAUAAACAGAGUGUCCAUUGCAUUCUUCAAGUGCUAUUAGCACUAACGAAAGUGCGAUCAUCAACUUUCAUUUACUAUGUCCACCAUUAUCCCGUCAGCUAAGGUUUAGGCAUGGCGUGGACGAGUUAGUUUUCCUUCCCCAACGCUUUUCUAAAAUCCCUUUGAGUCUUAGAUCUGAUAGUGCACCCGAACCCGUCGACUCGAUCCCUUUUAGUCUGCGCGAAUAUGGCUUUUCUAUCACAGCCUCGGAAUACGACUGUGCGGCCCCUGCUUUCGCGGCUACCACUGGCAGUCGUUCUCGUGUUUUUCGCACAGCUAUCGCAUGUCGCCCGCCACACCACCGCGGCGGCCGCACGGACUUCGGCAGCCAGUCAUUUUUACGGGAGCAGCGCCCGCAGCAGCAAGAGCGCGGCGAACAGCGAAAUUAUGCUCGACGACUCUUCAAGGAUCAGCGAGGAGGCCACCUUGACGGAGGGGGCGGAGAGAAGUAGCAGUGACGAGCGCGACCCGCUCAUUG